AUGGCCUACAACAAAUCCUACAACCCCGACGCGCUGCCAGCUCAUGCUGAGCCAGAAGAGGCGGCGCAGAUGUUAAGCAACAUGAGUGUAUCAGGCCACACUCCGAGUCACACCCAAAAACCGCUCCCAUCUCGCCCGUCACCGCAAGGAACCCACAGCGGUGUCCCUCCACGUGUUCCUGUAUCCAGCUCUAGCGCUCCCCAGCACGCAUACGCCUCCGCGCCUCCACGCCUUGAGUCCCAGCCUUACCACUCCCACUCCCACUCCAACUCCUACAGCGGCCGCCCCUCGGCAACAAACGCGCCCCCGCCAAGUCAACACUUCAGCCAGUCCCAGUCUCGUCCUCACCCCCUCCACCCCUCCCCGCCACCCCAGAACUACGGGUUCGGCCCCCCACCAGUACACCCCCAGCGCAACCGACCCCCGCCCUCAUCGCGGCCUCCCCAAUCGCCCGCCCCACCGCCAUUGACAGCACCCAGCGAUGACCCGCAACAACUCUUCCCCCUCUUCCGCGCCGCGAACGCGUCCCACUCCGGCACCCUCACCGAAGGGGAGCUCGGCAGCGCGCUCGUGAACGGCGACUACACGUCCUUCCACCCGCGGACGGUCAGGCUGAUGAUCCGGAUGUUCGACCGCGACGGCAGUGGGACCAUCAACUUCGACGAGUUUGUCUCACUGUGGCGGUAUCUGGCUGCAUGGCGGGAGCUGUUCGAUCGCUUUGACGAAGACCGCAGUGGACGCAUCAGCCAGCGGGAGUUCGAGAACGCGCUUGUUGCGUUCGGAUAUCGUCUUAGCGGGAAGUUCAUUUCUGUUAUCUUUGGUGUCUUUGAAGCCAAGGCUAAGCAGAUGAGCAAUGCGCCUAAGGACUACAGGUCUACUGGUAUGAGCUUUGAUCUUUUCGUUCAGGCUUGUAUCAGUCUGAAGCGUAUGACGGAUGUGUUCAAGCGGUAUGAUGAUGAUCGGGAUGGGUAUAUCACCCUAAGCUUUGAAGAAGCUUUGACUGAGAUUCUUCUAUUGCAGGAGUAA